CCAUUUUCAUUCCUUCUCUUUUAAUUUACAAUGUUGAAGCCAUUGGUAUCAUUUAUUCUCAUCUUGUGCACCACUCUUAUUGUAAGUCACUCCCAAGUUAUUCAACCAAAUAGUGUCAAUAUUGUACAACAAACUUGCAGUAAGACUCCAUAUCCUGCACUAUGCAUUCAAUACCUAAAUGCUGACCCGAAAAGCUCCACCUCAAAUAUCAAUGGUUUAGCACUAAUCAUGAUCAAUGUAAUAAAGAACAAUGCAAACGUUGCCAUAAACAAAAUCAAUCAACUUAGUAAAAGUAUUCCUGCAAAACAAAAGGAGGCACUUCUGUUUUGUAGUAUUAAUUACACUUCAAUUUUGGUUGAUGUUUUUCAAGCAACUCAAGCUUUGCAAAAAGGAAACCCAAAAUUUGCAGUAUAUAAUGUAAAUAGUGUUGCUUCUGAAGCCAAUGGUUGUGAAAAUGGAUUCUCUGGAAAAUCACCACUCACAGCUGAAAACAAUGUAAUGCAUGAUGCAUCGGCAAUAACAUCGGCUAUUUGUAAAUUAUUGCUCUAAUUUGCUUAAUCAAAAUGUUUCAACAGACCAUUUAAUAAAUUAUUAUUAUAUCUUAUACUCA